AUGCUCUCAUCGCUGCCCCAGUCCUCAGAAGUUUUGAUGGUUCUCGGACCACGGAUCAGCACCUAUAAGCAUGCGUAAGAUCACUCGUAUCAUCCUUCGGUUUACCAAAUCCUUUCUGGUUUCAGAAAGCACUCCCAAACCAUCGCUUUUGACAGGCUUUUCAGGUAGAUUGGAUAAUUUUGUGGCGCGCAGCCUUCCCCCUCUAUGUUCAUCUAGCGAGCCAGAUAAACCAAUCAAAGUUGAAGGCGUGACAGCCUGCGCACUCUCUCCUGUAUCCGGACGCUACUUUGUUCUCUGCGACGACUGCAAACGGGUUCUGAUCUUCAAGUCGACAGACGGUAUCUGGACCUACCAUGGUGAAUAGUACGUAUAUUUAAACUCACCCAACUUAACCCCGCUACAGCAAGGUGCCGCGAAAGGCAAGCUGCGUCGCAGUCUCACCAGACGACUCCUGUGUACUCGUCGGUGAGAAAGCGGGAUAUGUGCACAAGUUCAAAUUGGACGAACUGAGCCCUACUCAAGUGGCAACGGACGAUGAAGAUGAGGGUGAUUUCAUGCUGGGUCAUCUCUCUCUUCUCACAUGCCUUGUGAGUUUAAUUUGGCAUUGAAAAUUCAUCGCACUCUUGCCGAAUGUGUGCUUUCUUGCCGCGUUUCACCGUAAAUGGAGUCGAACGUGGGCGGCCUGCAUGAGCCCCCGUUUACGCGUGCCACAACAGAAGUAAUCCAUUGCAGCGAGAGGACGGACUUGAAGCUGCCCCAACAACAAAGAUUGUUGUGAAGUAAUAUUUCCCCGAAGUGAAUUUAAAGCAAGCAAGGACAGCAGCAUUUAAUGGCGCCAGAAAAUUUCGCGACGGCUUCUCAACUGCAGCCUGUCGUUGCAUAACAAUUUCAGACAUUUGCUGGCUCCAAUUGUAUCUGUCACUGCUAUUCAGUUAAUGUUUAUUCAUCCCUCACCCCCUACAGACCGUGAGCACUGAUGGAGGGCUGAUGGCUACUGCUGAUCGAGACGAGAAGAUUCGAGUUAGCCGGACCAAGGAGUUCCAUGUGAUUGAGUCCUUCUGUCUGGGACACACCGGGUAUGCUUUCACGCCAACUUUCUGACACAGGAUCUCCCACUUUUAGACCAGUCUUGGAUGCAACUUUUGUCGACAGCACUCACUUGGUGUCCAUUGCGAUCGUAAGUUUGCGGGAAUCACUGUUGUGCUUUUGCCUGCCGUUCAGCUUCUUCUGUAUGUUCUUGUUGGUACAUUCAUUCGCUCUAGUCCCUGAACCCCUGAAAUAUCAACCAAAAACCUAAGACUUGACUCUCAGACCUUUUUUGAUUGGACGAUUUCGAUAGUGUCCACCGUGUGCUACACAGCAGGCUGAGCGCGAUCACGGUGACUCGUGCGUGAAUUAACUUAUAGUGAUAGUAGACGUUCGCGUUAUCUACCGCGCUCUCUCUCUUUUCCCCACUCCCCACUUGCAUCUGGUGUCAAGACGUAGUCAAGAAGACCGGAGGGGGCAGAUGGAGUACUGGCCGGCGCUGCCGGAGCUGCCCCUAGGUGUGCCACAGCACCCUGCUCGGAUCCCACUAGGUGGAGGUGCCAUUGAGAAGGAGCCAUUGUAGUCUGGCUCUCAGACCUCCAGUCGGCCACUCCACACGCACAUUGGGCGGACUGCGAGGUCCAAGUUUCCCCUCAGUUUGCCACCUUUCAAACCACGGCUUUGCCCACCCUGAUAGCUUCAAGCGCGUCAAAUUGUUUAUAGUGAGGAAAAUGUGCUGAGUCUUUUAGCCACUGUCCGCGCCAGUCAGAUGUCUGGUGCGGGGAUGGGCACAGUGGCUGACAUACCUAGGAAGCUCGUCUGUGCGCGCUACGUGCACGACCCGCCUCGACCUCCUCACGCACACUCCAGGAUGUCACACACACAAGGGGGUAAAACCCUCGGGUCUCACAUGCAGCAGAGGAGCCGCCUGAAGAAAGGAGUCGGAGAACUCUCCGGCUUUUCGGCAGAGUUGAGCAUCUUUAUACAUCUACUGAAAAACUACCACGCGGUUAGACUACGUUCAUUGUUAAGUGUUAUCGUCAACGGCGCCGGGGAGUUAAAUGAACGUUACCAGCCAGUCAUACCCAAGCACCAGCUGCCAACGCAUUCGUGAGACAGUCGAGAACUUGCCCUAUUCCCCCCCCCUUCGAUUUCAUCUCAUCGAAGUGAUGCUUACCGAUCUAUCCUGGCUGCAGAAUGAAUUACGGCCGUUGCGCUGCGUGACACCACUUCACUUGGCUAGUAGCCAUUGGUCGGGAAUUUCUAAUAUCCUUGUCGAAACACGAACCUCCACUGCGUUGUCGUGUUAAUUAGUAUGCAACACAAUUUCAAUUCAAUUGCUGCAUUAUGCCAAACUUGUUUUCCAUUUUUGACAGUCUCGACCCCCCUAAGAGUAGUUCAUUUCAACUGGAAUAACUACUUAGACAGUCUGUGCCUUUCAGUCUUCUAGAUGUCUGCAUAAAGUCGGUCUUUUAUUAGAAAACCUUUAUGGAAAACACGUUUCUCGUAGUCGUUGUGUGGGAAUUACUUUUGAAGGACGGUUUUCAACACCCCAGUAGAACUCGUUGUGAGUAGAACAAAGUUUCUCAGUUUCGGAACCUGAAAUUUUGAAGUUCCAUUUCCACACACACACUAUGGUGCUUUAUUCGCUUUCCAUGCAAGUGUUAAAAAUAUUCCGAUGAACGCGCUUGCGAUGGGAUUUCGCAUUUUUAGAAUCGUGUAAGUCAUAAAUGCCGUUUAGGUAACUCUAUUAAUUGCAAGGAAGACCUCAAAGCACUUUAUAUGUGCAUCUACCAGGUUUCAAGGAAGACAUGGAGUUUUCCUUGGAUCAGUGCAAAGAAACUUAUUUGACGUGAUUUGUCUACCAGAAACCCCGGAAGAGCAGGCUGCUUAUAUAGACUGUUAAGUUUAAGUGAUUGCGUCACUCCUAGGUCCUUGGCAGGCCAACGUAGGACUGAGCGAGCAGUCAUCAAAUAAAGAAUAACUUUCAUCAACUACGGGUCGCGAAAUUAAUUAACUUGUAUGAGACUGCCCAUUUUUAACAAAAAAACUUACUCUUAAUUUCUAGGAUGGAAUUCUGCGGUUAUGGGACGCUCUGAAGGGCAUUGAGUUAGAAUUCUUGGAUCUGCGCCCGCAUCUGAAGGAGUUGGCUGAUUGCAACGCCCCAGAAUCUGGCGAGGCCUUUCUGGCAGUACGCGUGCUCUUCGUUAAGGACCUCAUUAUCGUAGGCAUUCGCUCGUAAGUUGAUCGUUCCGGCCAUCUUGCUUCAUUCGAGUGGCAUGCCAAAAGCCCUCUUUUCACGCGUCCGACGCUAUUUUUCAAAAUUUUGAAAACAAUGCCGACUAUAGAUCUUGGGUGUUGACUGUCUUCUGCCGUCUUUUUCACCCUUCUCUUUUAUUCUCUUUGAAGCCACAACUGCCUCCUGGCUGUGUCAAUGACCACAGACGAUGGGGAAGUCCGCUUCAAACGAUCUGCCGCAUCGGGCAGUGGCGUUGUAUCUGGUGUGUCUUUCAAGCCCGGCGACCGCCUUCUCGAUUGCGCACUGGUUAACUACGAACCAGCGGAGAGCACGGUGGAUGUUGUCGCGUUGAUGGAGCCAACUUCGAGACUGACUGCGUGGCCACUGCGUAUCGUCGCCGGUAAAGAUAGUACCUCAGCCCAGUGGAGUAACGUAAGUUACAAGUCGGUAUUAACGGCCAACCGAUAACGCAUUAUUUACUAUUAAGUAAUCACAGCUACUCACCAAUUGUAAGUAACAUGGCUGUGUGUGAAUAGGGUUUGGUCGCCAAGUGACAUUCUAGAUAUUUUUUGGCAGAUUUCGAAUAAUUCAUACUGACCCAAUUGUGAAAAACUCGGCGCCUCGGUGGGAUUCGAACCCACGCAGUAAGGGGAAGGCCUUAUUACAGCCAACGCUCUAACCACUUGAGCUACGAGGUCCCGCCGGACGACUCGAGUUUAAACACAUUUGGGCCAAGUUACCCGCCCAACCUACUGCAACGUCUGGAAUCCACCAAAUCUGAUACAGUAAGUUGACUGCCAAAAAUAUCUAUGAAUGACGUGAGCCUUGUAGUCAUCUGGUGGAUUCUAGGUGAAUUACUUGGGAAAUUCUGCUUGGGCAAGACCACAUUACCGACAAAGACCAGGGAGACUGAAAUGACCGUUCCUAGCCUACUAACCGUUAUCAGUCAGUCGUACCCAAUGUCGAGGCGUGGAACACCUGGAACUCGAUCCUGCGACGUUUUGGAUCGAGCCCCAGGUGUUCCACACGUCAGAGUUGGGUAUGGCUGACUGAUGACGGCCAGUAAGCCAGGAGUGGAAAUUCCAGUCUCCCUUGUCAUUUUCGGUAAAGUUGUUUGUCCAUAGUACGCGCCGGCGUGCAGUUGUUGGUUGAUCUCGAGAGAGAGAGAGACAGCCCCAAGACACAACGGGAAGAGUGAGUUCCGUAACAUGAUCGGUUAGUGCUUUUCUACCGUCUCGAGGACCGUUAUCCACACGCUCCUUUUGAGUUUUCUGUAGGUCAGCGACCAAUACAAGGUUCAAUUUCGCGCUCAACAGCAAGGAACCAAGCGAGCGUACGACACAACCGUUUUAAUCACUGUUUUCCAUUCUUUUUUGCAGCCUGUUGAUUGGGGCCCGCUUCCCGAAGGUCUUCUCUUUCCCGAUGGUACGUCUUCUGGACUUAUUAUUGUUAUCAUUCCAGGUUUUUCCUGCCGAAACUUUAUAGUUCUGUUAUGCUUGUCAUCUGUGCUCACAUUUUUCUUGGCUUCCAUUUGCAUAUAAAGGGCAGUUUUCGCAGAACAAGCUAACAAAAGAACGACGUGGAAACGACGAUGGCCGAAUACAGGGACGAAUGAAACUGUGCCCACCGUCAAAUAAGAUUCGGACGCUUUCUAGAAAUAAGUACCCCAAGUGGUCUUGCGCCAAAAUUCAGGGAGUGUUAGGGUCAGCAUAAAAAGCAAGAGCGUUAGAGCUAAAAUAAGGACCCGGCGAAUAGGUACCACCUGAAGUUCGGCAUAGAAUCACCUGUGACGUGAUAGGGGAGUACUUAUCCCCAUAUUGGUUGGAAUUUCCACAAACUUGGGACUCCUGCGGCAACUUGAAGCGCACAGUCUUACGUGAGUGGCUCCGGGUUCGAAUCCCCCAGGUGUGACUCUUCGACGCUGGCUAGUAAGCCAGUCCCAAUCUUACCACGUUGCACUUAUUUUCACAAGAAGCGAAAGCUUACACUGCCCGGUAGGUUCGGACCGUAGCCCCAUUCGGUACGACGACAGUCUUCUGAUGGUGUACAUUUUCCCUGCUUUUGUAGUUCGCAUUUAGAAACCGAAUUACCGCCCACUAACAUUGAUAGCUAUAACAGGCUUGGUUGAGCGAAAGAAGCCGCCGCCGUCGCCCCUGACACGUAGGCCUUCGUGGGUUUCUUAUCGACAUCAUUGACGCUCAUCAGCGCAUCCGAAUUACGAAGCGGAGACUGUUGCCGUCGUCGCUGGUAGCACUUCUCUAUUACGGGUCAAACAGGGCUGCUCAUUUCCGACUGAAUAGUUCCCGUCUCAGACGAUUGGACGCGAAACCGUAGGUCAGAUCUGUGCCCGGGCAUGUGACCUACGAUUGUCGUACAACCAGUCAAUGACGGCUCAGAGGGAUAUGAUGUGGAACCGUACUUGCUUGGACUUGAUACGGCUGCGAUCAUGCCUGAUCUAGCCGGCCUCGAUGAUGUCCCGAACAGUACCUCUCCACGCAUUACGAUCCGCGACAGCAGACCUGGACAGCCCAACCCAUUCCCUUCGCCAACGACGGAGACCGAGUACCGAAGGUCCAAGAACCACCUCCAUGUCUUGACGAACUGUCUCGAGCCAGGUUUUGAACUGACCCCCUCUUCGACGCUUCCAAUGGGGCAACGGUGCCGGAUCGAUGGCAGUAACACUGAGCUCCUGAGGUGGACGACGAGGAGCAUGCCCGAACCACUUCAGUCGUCUUUCUUGGAUGGUCUGAGUUAUCCUCGCGAUGUUGUCGCAGCGAGCGCGGACUGCCUCAUUUGAGACGAAGUCGGUGAACUUCACUCGAAGGAUAGUUCUCAAGCAUUGGUGGUCAAAUACCUCCAGUUUUCGCUCAUCCUCCACGCGCAAAGCCCAGCAUUCACAACCGUAGAGAAGGACAGACCGGACAGAUGCACGGUACACUCGAAUCUCAGUGGCGAUGGAGAGGUCACGUCGGAUUCAUAGGCAUUUCCGAAGGUUUAAGAAUACCCAGCGGGCAGCAUCGAUCCAGGCGACAAUGUCGUCCUUAUUCUGUCCAUUUGGCAGCAGUCUCUCCCCGAGGUAUUUAACACUCUACUUCUUCAUGUUGACAGCCAUCAAUCCCGAGGGAUGCCUUCUCCUGGUCAGGGAUGCAGCUUGAGAACACUUUGGUCUUCCCAGCGUUUAUGGACAAACCGACCAAUUUAGCGACCUCGUUCAGCCGUGACGCCAUAGACUGCAGAUCACCAAAACUUGAAGCAAGUACGGCGAUAUCAUCGGCAUAGUCGAGAUCAGUCAGUCGAUGUCCGGGUGUAAACUGAACGCCGUCACUCUCGCGUAGGGCCCUCCCGAGGAUCCAGUCAAUAGCGUAGUUGAACAGUAUGGGUGCCAGGAUACAACCCUGUCGGACGCCAGACCGAAUACCGAACGGUUGGGAAAGAUUGUUGCGGACCAGGACUCUCGCAGUAGUGGAGCGAUAGUCGGCCUUGAUCAUGGUGAUAAUUUUUGGCGGCACACCAUCUAAUGUCAUGAUCCGCCGUAGGGACUCAGGAUGGACGGAAUCGAACGGGGCGGCAAAGUCAAUGAAGCAGACGGCCGUCGGUUGUUGGUAGCUAUGGCGAAAUUCGAGAAUGCGCCUCAGGGUGAAUAUCUGGUCUGCGCAUCCACGUCCAGCACGGAACCCGGCUUGGUUGGGCGAUGUGGAACCGUAGUUCAGAAGGUAAGAGCUUUGCUCGGUGCUCAGUUGGUUGGUGGGUUCAAACCUCAGACGUGCGGCCUACGAUUUUUGCACGUCUAGCCAAUGACGGCUCAGAUGGAUGUGAUGUGUUACCGUAUUUCAGGUGAAAGAUUUGCUCGGUGCUAAUUUCGUCGGGUGUUUCAAGCCUCAGACAUGCGGCCUGUGAUUGUUGCACGACUAACUGAUGACGGCAGAUAAUCCGAGGCUUGUUACUCCAGAGUUUUGUUUUCGUUGGUAAUGCUGUUGAACCCCCAGUUUUCGAACGUUCUGCUUCAGUUACCUAUAAAGUUUGAUUCGAUUUAAAUGUAUCACUGAUGUGCCUGAAAUAUGCCAGGUUAAUCCGUACACUACAACACUCUCUAACCAGCCAUUCAAUUUGAUAUUUCUCCCCGUUCUCCCAUACUUAUGUCAUUUCAGUAAUUCUCCCAAGGCAAAUAUUAUCAAGGGCCUUUUUCUUGUACGUUCUUUUAAGACAGUGCGCCUUGGAUGCAUUGAGAAAACUCUAGCGGCGCAACCAAAUUACCUCUUGCUUGUUAUGUGCAACCGAUAUACCAAUUUGCAAUAGACAUGACCAGCAGAGGGGUUUCAGUGAGAUUACAGUUCACAUUCAUUGGCCAGUGCAAGUCGUGAGCUGGGCUAUCCUAUAAAGGCCUGUCGACCGAGGACUGACAGGUACGUUGGGUACCAGAAGAAAAUUGCCGGGAGUGGAGGGGCUGUGUAAAUGCCUGACGAUUAGGGUGGCUGACAUAGUUGUAUACGCUACCUCCCUCCAACAACAGCCUUUGCUGCAAUCCGAUUUUGGCAGUUUAUACUAUGGACUGGUCUGCCGGCUGCACCCAAUAGUACUCGUAGUAUUUUGGUUGCGACGCUGAAGCUUGAUUUAGCCAGCUGUUUUGUUUUAAUUUUUUCGUCCUCCCUAAUGCACGUUGAUUGUCCCAACCACAGAGGGACGCUUCUGAAGCCAGGCUGCCUCUCGAAAUAGCUUUCAAACCUUGGGGCCUCACUAGUGCUUGAGCAGCGUUUGCAGGACGGAGCACACUGGUUUCGUUUUGCUGCUGAAUAACUUUGCCCUGCAGCUGAUGGCAUCGGCCCGUCAACACAGUUUGCGGACGUUCUGCCCAAUCAUAGACUGAAUUUAUCUUUCAGUACGGUAGUCCCUCGCCAUCCCGCGCCUCGGCCUUUGCGGCUUCCAAGCGUAUUUAAGUGUAUAUCGCUGCCAUCUGCGGAUAAUGGGUCUUGUGAGAAGUGUUUACAAGAAUUGUGGAGCAUUUAUAAGAGGUUGCGAAAAUGCCCAUGGCAGUAUUCAGAGGACUAGCUGGCGAGUCUCAAGGAUUGUGAGUGUCUCCAUAGCCCACACAGCAUGCUUUUCGCUGGCAGUUCUCUAGCACCUUGUUCGCUGCGCUUGCGCCUCCACUGGUUGCCCAGUAAUCCUCAUCUUGAUCAGGCGAAUAAGCGAUCGCUGGAACAAGGGCUUUAUUCGCCUGACGUUUCGGAUUCUCACUUAAACCUAGCUUUGCCUUUCCCUAGCCACAUCAGGAGAUGUUCCUGUAUUCCUUUGGAUAGACUCCGACUUGUGCGACCAAUGUAACCUGCCUCAUAGGAGCAAGUGGGGCAAUAGGUGCAUAUUGGGGGUGAGACGUGCUGGAAAGGGGCUAAACUAGGAACAUAAACAGCGCCAUUCUAGCACAUGUUGUUGACCCCGGUCACGUGAUUUAUAAGGUUCCAUCGGGCCAACGUCUAUUAGCAACAGCAAAAGGCAGUGCAAUCAGAGCCUCGUUCAGCCCCUGAGCUUACAGUGAUCAGAAGUCGACAAACACCUGUUGUAGACCUCUCUCUCUCUCUCUCGCUCAUACCUUCUUUUCCGGGAAUAACCCGUACCUCGAGAAAAUCCUUAGUCCGUUUCGGAUUCCCUGCAGAUUCCACCAUCAGUGAUGGAUGCACAAGAGACGCGCUUGCCAUGCCACCUAUUCACCGUCGGUAAUCGUAGUUGACGUAAUCACGGCCUGCCCUUCUGCAUCCAAGUCGUUAACUGCCGUAAUAUUGCCACUGGUGUUGAUUGGUGGCGUACAUAAUUACUCGACCACUUGGCUCACCGAUACUGCCACGGAAAACGGCGUUCGCGCGUCCCCGCGGCCGUUCAUUUUGACCGCGCAAUGUUUUAGCGCCGAAUAGGUGGAUUAAGGGGGAAUUUAUUGCGCUUGGUUAUUAACCUCGGGAGCCGGAGAGCCGUCCCCUUUGUGCGACUGUCUGUGAUUCGAGUUAGAAUCCGAAGCGCCAGGCGGGCAGACGUCUUGUUCCAGCAAUUGUAUUUCAUCCCUGUGAACUGCUUCCUGAAACUCGCUAAUCAGUCUCGAGGAGUGUUUUCACACCCGACAUCCACCACAUGCCUUUCAGUUUCACAAUCCUACCUCACUGUUCGCGCUUUUUCUACCCCCCUGUUGUUGGAUAGCCCCACACCUACGGCUGCAGCUGCUGAGUGAGCUGUCCAAGUGUCCGAUGGAUCGCAGUGGCAUAGAGGCCUACGAGAAGAACAAGGCGGAAAUGCAGCGGCACAUCAAGGAGCGCCACCUCCGACAUCAGAGGAAGCGGCGUAAGAUGCGACAUCAGAACAGCCAACCAGAGGACGGGCAGGAGGAAACCAAAGUGAUGGAGGCUGAGUGA